AUGCACAACAGCCUCCACCACAACAACCAGCACAACAAAAUUAUCAACAACGACCUAAUUAUGCACAGCAACCUCCACCACAAAAUUAUCAGCAACCUCCACCACAAAAUUAUCAGCAGCCUCCACCACAAAAUUAUCAGCAGCCUCCACCACAAAAUUAUCAGCAGCCAGGACAACAGUACUAUCAGCAACCUCCUCCAUACUAUGGACAACCUCAAGGGCAACAGCCACCUUAUUCAGGUGCUCCGCCACAGUGAGGUUAAUUAUUGUAAUUAUUCAUUUUAG